ACCCUGUACUGACCCGGAAUGACACUCCCGCCGUGUCAGCACUUCUGAGGCCCAUAUAAACAGCAGCCGGCUGCCUCUCACCCUCUUCUGUGUAGAGACCCAGUCAGCCAAACCGUUCACCAGAACCACUGCCUCCCCAGCACCACCACAGCAUGACCUCCAGCGCUCAGCCCAUCUUCUCAAAGGGAGAGGACUGCAAGUCCUCCUGGCAUGACGCUAGCGCCGGCUACAAUGAGACCGACACACACCUGGAGAUCAUGGGCAAGCCCGUGAUGGAGCGCUGGGAGACCCCGUACAUGCACUCUCUGUCGACUGUUGCAGCCUCCAAAGGUGGUCGGGUUCUGGAGAUCGGUUUCGGCAUGGCCAUCGCCGCCACUAAACUGGAAUCUUUCCCCAUCGAGGAGCACUGGAUCAUCGAGUGCAACGACGGCGUCUUUGCCAGACUGGAGAACUGGGCCAAGUCUCAGCCACAUAAGGUCGUCCCUCUGAAGGGCCUUUGGGAGAACGUCGUCCCCACCCUGCCAGACAACCACUUUGAUGGUAUCCUGUACGACACAUACCCUCUGUCAGAGGAAACAUGGCACACUCACCAGUUUGACUUCAUUAAGGGUCACGCUCACAGGAUGCUGAAACCCGGCGGCGUCCUCACCUACUGCAACCUGACCUCUUGGGGCGAGCUGCUCAAGACCAAAUACACCGACAUUGAGAAGAUGUUUGAGGAGACACAGGUGCCACAUCUGCUCCAAGCCGGCUUCAAGAAGGAGAACAUUAGCACCACCACCAUGGACAUUGCACCGCCCAGCGAAUGCAAAUACUAUUCCUUCAACAAGAUGAUCACUCCCACCAUCAUCAAGGAGUAAAGUCCCAAGAUGGCUUUUUUUUUUCUUUUUUUUUUUUACCGUGACGUGCCUUCUCAUAUAACCCUACUGACCUCAUCAUUCUGUUUAUAACACUGUCAGCCACGAUUCAAUAAAUUCAUCCAAAGAUACAA